AUGCCGAAACACAGCAGUGAAGUACCUACAGGGCGCACACUUCUGCUGUCCAUCAACAUUAGCAACCGCGAGGAAAAACAGCGCCAACGCAGACACACUACGCACAGUGUAGCGCUCUCGCACACUCAAUUGGCAGCACAUACCACACACAGCAGAGACGCCGCCAAGAAACUACGCAACAGCAACAGCCGAGACCCAUUUGCACACAAAGACAGUGUAGUUGACGGUAGGCAGAGAGCAAUGGACAGGGCCUCUGAUAGCGGCACCGCCACUACGGCUACCUACGGGGCGCCUGAUGACGCGACUGUGUACCGGGUGGAUGGGGGUGUGGCACGGAGCUCAAACAUAGGCGUAGAGCUACACAACAACGCAGCCACACAGGUGACAGUACAUCGUAUCGACAGUGAGGACGAGAACGCCAAGUCUGAGAGUCUGCUGGUCAAGCGGAGCAACUCGUGUUCGACCGUGUAUGUCUAUGAGACCAUCUCGUGUCCGGAUCUGAAGAGGACGCUGAAAUAUGUUGCGUUCGCUUUGCACUCGGCGUGUUUACGGAGUAGCGGACACAACGAGCUAUAUUUACAUCAAGCAUUCGACGAGAGAUAUGGGCCUAUGCUGAAACAAUCCAGGCGGCCGGCCAUUACUGACACGCCCCCAUCAGCAUCGUCUGUAUACAAAUUCUUGUGCCGAAUAUUCCUUCAAACCUCGCUAUCCGCAGAGAUAGUCAUAGUCGCCACCGUCUACGUAGAACGCCUUGUUUUCAAAACUGGCAUUGAUUUGCACGCCACGAAUUGGCGUCGCAUUGUUUUAGGGGCUGUUAUUUUGGCAUCGAAAGUGUGGGACGAUGAGGCCGUUUGGAACGUUGACUUCAUCAGCUUAUUUCCCAACAUGAACUCGGCCGAUGUUAAUGAGUUAGAGCGCACCUUCUUGGAGCUCAUUGAGUACAACGUGGGUGUGAAGGUAUCAGUCUUCGCAAAGUAUUACUUUGACCUGCGAGAUAUGACCUACAGUACCGACACCCUUACGGAGAAGAAGCCGUUGACCUGGCGCAGCGCCAAACGAAUGGAGGCCGUAACAAAACAAACCGAGAGGCUUCUGGUCAUCGAUGGAUCACACCAACAACUGGCCAAACUCAAACGCGUGAAUAGUCUUCAGGCCAUCGCAACCAGGAGGGUUGUUGUUCUUUCUUGAUUCUUCGAAAGCUCUGCCAUGCUUACUAUGCGUGACGAGAGAGUUAUUUAAGGUUUAGAACAAGUAAAAUUAGUUAGCGUAGAGGGACCUCUCGUGCAAAGUCGUAUUGCUGAAACGCAAUUCCAUCCAGUAUGCUACGGUCAAGCUCAACUGCAUCAUUAACUUACAUGAAAUAUACACAUGGCUUUUUAACUAGUACAGAUGUGAAGAUCGUCGGAUAUCCCCGCCUUGAACUAUAAUUUAACACGACUGGAC